UUCAUUAUUUUCAAGGUAUUUUAAUAAAGUUGUUCUCCCUGAUAUGGAUUAUGUUGAAGAUUUUGUAGAUUUUUUAAUUGAUGCCGAAUUAAACGAUUUGCCUGUAUUAAAGCGAGCUUGUGAGAGAUAUUUAUGCGGAGAAUUGAAUACUAAAAAAGAAUUAAUGACUUCUUUAAUUUUGGAUUUAUUUUUUAUUGCUAUGGUUUUUCGAUUGCCUGUAAUGAAGUCUAUGACGUUGACUGAACUUUGUGAUCGUUACUAUGAAAUGGAGGAUCUUGGAAUUUUAAUGGAGAGAGACGAAUACAAAAGCCUUGAUAAAAGAAUUCGACAGCUUUGUGGAGACCGAAAUUUGGCCGAUUUAGUAGACGAAUGUAAACGUUUCAGAGAACAAUGCCUUCGUGUUCAACGUGUUAAUUUUUGUUCUAAAUAA